CGCCGCGCUAAUAGAUUAGCAGUAAUUGUUUGCUGUGGCUGUAGUUGAACAAAUGGGUCAACGUGUUUAUGCAAUUUAUUUAUUUAGUUUCUCUGGUCAAAUCGAUGUAAAUACAGAAACAAAUGCGUUGUGKUUUUUUUGUUCAAGUGAGUCCUGACGGGAAACUUUAAAACAUGGAGUCUGAACUGGACGAUGGAUCAACCUCCUGCUCAUCAACACACCCCUCCAGAGUCACUGAAACAUCACUUUUUCUCACACCUAUGGUGAACAGCUGCAGGUUGCACCUGACACCAGUGGCCCAGGGAAGACUGCAAAUAGCUACAGAUACGACAACCACCCAAAACGACAGCUACACUUGUUUAGAAACUGGGUUACAGGCCUGCGGUCGGUCCAGAGUUGCCAGUGACAACUGUGCAGACGUUUCUGCACAGAAUAUAGUGCAGCUAGCAGGUGGUGCUCCAUUUUCUCAUGCUGCAAAUGAAGUUGGAGUCAAAUCAAGGAGCCAGUCCCACAGUGUGAGGUUCACUUACCAUCGUGCUGCCUUAAAAAAUCCCAAACCAGCAGGUGGUUCUGUUGGAUGUACUGGUUGUCCACUCCAUUUCCCCUUCACUCGGCAGCCACUCACUUCCAGUUUUCAACAAAUUAACUCAGACAGUCGCUGUCUGGAGGAAUUCCCUGAGCUGGGCUUCAUCAAAGAGCUGCAGUUUCUGAACCUUCAGCACAAUCUGAUCACAAAGAUCCAGCGUUUGUCAAAUCUGCAGCAGCUUACUCUCCUGAACCUUCACGACAAUCACAUCUCUGAUAUGACUGGCAUUGAUACUCUGAGGUCUCUAAAGGUUCUCAAUCUGAGCAAGAACAGGAUCCACAAAAUCUGCUGCCUGGAAAGUCUGACCAAGCUGAACAUCUUGGAUCUGCAUGACAAUCAGAUCUGCAGGAUAGAAAGCAUCUCUCACCUGAGUGAGCUGCAAGUGUUGAACCUGUCAAAAAACCACAUCUCCAGAGUGGAGAACGUGCAGGGCCUGGAAUCUCUGAGUGAGCUCAACCUUCAGCACAACUGCAUCACUGCAGUGACUGAGGUGGACCGCCUGCCCUGUUUGCAGCGUCUCUUUCUCAGCUGCAACAACAUCAUCAGUUUUGAUCAGCUAGGCUGCCUCGGAGAGUCACACUCCCUUUCUGAGCUCACCCUGGAUGGGAAUCCUGUAGCCCUGGAGACAUGGUACAAGCAGGCCGUCCUGCGCUGUGUGCUUCAUCUGAAACAGCUGGACAUGAAGCGCAUCACAGACGAGGAUCGGCGCAUGGCAGGUGUACAGGCUCGAAAAGAGGAGGAAAAGAAGAAGGAGAGUCACAAACAGACCAUUCAUAAGGAGAAGCGCCGUCUUGCAAUCCGCAAUGCAGCCCAGCAGUGGGAGGACAUCAUGGCCAACUUGGAGCURCUUCCAACAAAUGGCACGAAGGAGGAUGUUAGUCCGGAGAGCAGCCCCGCUCACAGCCCCGCUCAGACUAACGGCCUUGCACAGGAGCCUUUUCCAGAAGAAACAAAACGGGUGAGCCCAGGUUCAGGACCAGAACGACCAUCAGGGCCAACAGAGAGCAGACUGCGCACCAACAGCCAUCCAAACAGCCCACGUGAUUCAAAGCCUGUGGAGACAGGGAGCGGCAGCGUUCAGAGCUUGUCCUUGUCUGACAGUCACCUCGCAGAGCUUGACGGAGACACCUUGCGCUUAUUCGGUCUUGGAGCCCUGGAGGCCCUGGAGAGGGGUUGGGGUGCCCAGACCGCUGGUGCUGUCAACGUCAUCACUUUCCGCUACAUCAACUUUGACGCCAUUGUACCCACGCUGUCAAGAAUAAGGGUGAAGUUCCCAAAUCUGUCGCAUCUGAUCUUCUUGGAGACCAACAUCAGCCGUCUCCCACAGCUGGCAGCCCUGGCUCAGGUCAGACGUCUGGACCAGCUUACCAUCCACUCAGAAGGCAACCCAGUGCUCAGCCUGGCUCUGUGGCGCUCCUUCAUCAUCUACAGACUCCACCACUUCAACCUGCAGAGGAUCAAUGGCCAGGAGGUGACCAUGAAUGAYGUGAUUGCUGCAGAGCGAGUGUUUGGGACACUGGGUCACAUAGCAGCCACCGAAACUCCACACUGCCGGCUCCUGCUCCUCCUAGAAGAGUCCAGGAAACGGCAGCUGCAGUUCCUGUUGGAGGGGCGCGGCCGGCGGGCAGGGCUGAGUCCAGAGGAGCUACGGGAUAAUGGGAAGCUCCUGGGCGAAGGCCUGAGCAGAGCGCUGUUUAACUAUCCCAGCAGAGACUGCAGUGCAGAGAGCCCUGAGGAGGGCUCCGUGGAGUCGUCAGAGCGCGCCGUCAUGAUAGAGCAGUACCUCCAGGAGCUGGUCCAAAGGGCAUCAGACACUAAUCUUAAGGGCGAGGCUUUGYACAAGCUCUGGCCCAACAUGUUUGCAGAGAUGGUGAGAGACUGUGUGCUGGAGAUGAGGGACCGACCCGCCUUCCGUCAAGCCAGCUUAGCAAAGCUCACUGACACCAAGUGAAACGGACCAAAGGUUCCUCUUUUAGUCGCAUAUACACCUGCACACGCGUGGGCCUUGCUUCCCAUGGCUUUUUUUUUUCCAUUUCAAACUCUUAACACUUCAUCACCUAGUGAUUUUAUCAGUUAUUAACGGGAGGGGUUAUUUUUAUGGAUGUAGACUAUUUUUAAGAUGUCAGGAGAAUCGUCAUGACCCCAGACAUCUUGACCGAAUGUAGAGCUUCACUAAAACAGCUUGUUUCUUCAACGCUUGGAGCCGUAUCAUACUUGAAGAACGUUAAAGGCACUUACUGACUUGUGGUGCAUUGAAGUCCCCACAGAGAAACCUCUGCACUUUAAAAGCCUUCCAAAUGACUGCCUACACUGUCACCCCCCC